CCUGUUCCCGUUCACGAUCCCGAUAAUUUCGCGCCGAAGAGGCGCAACUGGGCACAAAGCACAAGUGGCGCAACUGCACUGUGACUGUGAGACACGGUGGCGGCUGGUUCGAGGAUAUACAAUAUCGUUCGAUAAAACACAAUUUUUGCCAAAAUUCAUUCAAAAUUCCGUAAUCUCGUUAAUUUGUUUACCCCUGACUUUCCUGCACGUUGGACAAUCGGAUCGCGGACAGUUUUAUCAUUUAUCGUCGUUCCAGUCGACAGUGUGUCCUCGUGAAACAGUGACAGAAGAUCACGGUGUAUCUCAACGAUGGCAGCCCUAAAACGAAUAGCCAUCCUGUCGAAAACACUGAACACGUUGACGGUCAGCUCCCGACGUUGCUUUCAAACAACGAAGGAAAAUUAUUUUACUCACGGAAAAGAGCCUUCGAUGUUAAUACCAGGCAAGCAACCUUGUUGGCUCAAGACCGCCGAUGAGGCUAUCGAACAAGCAGAACUAGAUUCAGAUCAAGUGGUAUUUGUCCAGGGUGCAGCAGCAACGCCUACCGAACUUUUAAGGGCGAUGACUGACUAUGGCGUACGAUGUGACGUGAGAAAUGUACGAUUGUAUCAUAUGCAUCUCGAAGGCCCGGCGCCAUUUGCCAAGCCAGAAACUGCAAAACAUUUCAGGUCGAUAAGCUUGUUUAUUGGAGGCAACGUGAGGCCAGCCGUUCAAGCGGGAACUGCUGACUGCGUGCCCAUUUUCUUGCACGAGAUCCCGCGAUUAUUUAAAGAAAACUACAUUAAGCCGGACAUUGCACUGGUUCACGUUAGUCCUCCAGACGAUAAAGGGUACUGCUCUUUCGGUACCAGCGUUGACUGUGUCAGAUCCGCUGUGAGUCACAGCAAAUAUAUCGUAGCGUUAGUAAACAAACAUAUGCCCAGGACGUUCGGCGACGCCAUCAUUCAUGUUAGCCACUUGGAUUUUGCCGUGGAACAUCACAAACCACUUCCGGUACACCCUGUAAAAGCACCAUCCAAAGAAGAACAGCAGAUUGGUAAAAAUAUUGCUGAGAAUUUGGUGGUGGACGGAGCUACCUUACAGAUGGGGAUUGGCAGUAUACCGGACGCGGUAUUGUCAGAACUGAAGAACCAUAAGGAUCUUGGAAUUCACAGCGAGAUGUUUAGCGAUGGUGUGGUUGACCUUGUAAAUAAAGGGUGCAUCACGAAUAACAAAAAAACAAUGCACAGAGGCCGAAUCGUCGGCUCGUUUUGCGUUGGUUCAGAAAAAUUGUACGACUUCAUGCAUAAUAAUCCUUUCAUCGAGAUGUUGGUAGUGGACUACGUGAACGAUCCUAAAGUGGUAGCAAAGCAGCCAAAUAUGACAGCUAUCAACUCCUGUAUUGAGGUCGAUCUAACGGGUCAGAUUUGCUCCGAUAGUAUCGGACCAAAAAUGUAUUCUGGAUUUGGGGGACAACUAGAUUUCAUCACGGGGGCAGCGAUCAGUGAUGAUCGUCUUGGAAAACCUAUUAUUGCGUUGCAAUCCAUUACCACUAAGGGCGAGAGCAAAAUUGCACCUUUACUAAAACAUGGUGCUGGUGUCGUUACAAACAGAGCAGUCGCUCGGUAUAUUGUCACAGAACACGGAAUUGCUAGUCUGUUUGGUAAAAGUCUACAACAACGAGCGUACGAAUUAAUUCAAAUCGCCCAUCCCGAUCACAGAGAGGCUCUCGAAAAAGCAGCAUUCGAAAGAUUAAAAGUGAUGCCGGCUCCAUAAGCGUAUCAACGAUAAACACAUCGUCAAAAGACUCUUCUAAUAGCAUUUCGCGAUAUUUGUCGUUUUCCGCACGCAUAAUUAUUUAUUCGUGCUGAAAACCUCAUACUUUCUUAAGUUCACCUACUUUACGCGCCUUCUUGCCUGGAAUAAGAAUAAUAUAAAACUACAUUGACAAAUAAAAUAUCGGAGAAUAAUUUUUAAUUUACAUAGAUAACUACAUUCUCAGUAAAUCCGAGAAGGCCUCUUAUUUGUCGCCAUAAGCAAGGAAACGUUGAUCCCUGAGGAAAUACAAUAAAGCUUUUAUUUUCAACGAGUAUUUCACAAUAGUUGAACAGAAAACCAUUGUACAAUGACGACAAAUACUUUUUAUAUGGAAUUUUAAAGAAGUUCCUUUGUAUAAUGCAAUCACUGUAAUAAACUAGCAGACGUAUCGCAUUUGAAGGAAUAAAUUCAAGAUGGAAUAUA